AGGUCGAGCUCAGUAUAUAAUGAGCUCCGUCUGACAGGAGAGUUUUGUGACGCAGUCAUCAAAGUUGAGGAUGUUGAAUUUCAAAUCCACAAGAUCAUCCUCUGUAACUGCAGCCCCUACUUUGGAGCCCUCUUCAGACGCUGGUCGAACCCAGAAAAAAAGGUCUUCUCCAUACCUGGCGUGUCUCCUUACAUGAUGCAGCUCAUCAUUGAGUUUGCAUACAUAGGCUUUAUUUCUGUGACAGAGGAGAACGCACAGGAACUGCUUCUGGCAGCUGAUCAGCUCAAUAUAAUGGCGAUCGUACAAACCUGCUGCACCUUCCUGGGGGAGCAGCUCUGCCCGAGGAACUGCAUCGCCAUCUGGCAGUUCUCAAAAUUCUUCUACCCCUUUGAUCUGCAGUGCAAGGCCUACCGCUAUAUCAUGGCUCACUUUGAAGACGUUGUUUCCUCUGAUGAGUUCCUGCAGCUCACAGUGCAGGAGCUCACUGACAUCAUUGAGAGAGACGACCUCAGUGUGAAAAAUGAGAGCGCUGUGUAUGAGGCCAUCCUUUACUGGAUCGCCCACGCACCUGAAGAACGAGGAGGACACAUCACUGUGCUCUUGCCCAAGGUCCGGCUGGCCCUGUUGGGUGUAGACUACAUCAAGAUGAAUGUAAUGUCCAAUGAACUGGUGAAGAGCAACAGUGAGUGCCUGCCCAUGGUCGCAGAUGCCACCCAAAUCAUGUGUCACAUCAUGACAAACAGACCUGCUGUGUCUGGUUUCUGCAACCCACCUGCCCGUCCACGCCUUCCUUCUUCCAUCCUCUUGGCCAUUGGAGGCUGGAGUGGUGGCGACCCAACCAACGGCAUUGAGGCAUAUGACAUCCGUGCUGACCGUUGGAUCAACGUGACAAACAAUCUGGAGCGUCCUCGCGCUUAUCAUGGUGCUAUCUUCCUCAAUGGGUAUGUCUAUUGUGUUGGUGGCUUCGACAGGGUAGAGCAUUUCAACAGUGUGCGCAGGUUUGACCUGACCACACACACCUGGCAUGAAAUGGCACCCAUGUACUUCCGCCGCUGCUAUGUGAGCGUGACCGUGCUGCAAGGUUGCAUCUAUGCCAUGGGAGGCUUUGACGGACAUGCACGACUCAGCACUGCAGAGCGCUACAACCCCGAGACCAACCAAUGGAGUCUUAUUGCACCCAUGCAUGAGCAUAGGAGUGACGCCAGCUGCACAGCACUCCAGGACAGGGUUUUCAUUUGUGGUGGUUUCAACGGGACUGAGUGCCUGCAAACAGCUGAAUAUUACAGCCCAGAGACCAAUCAGUGGACAAUGAUCACCCCCAUGAACAUCCGGCGCAGUGGAAUUGGAGUCAUUGCGUAUGCAGACCAUGUCUAUGCAGUUGGUGGCUUUGAUGGAAACAACCGUCUGCGCAGCGCAGAGGCCUACAACCCCCGGACCAACACCUGGCACACAGUCGCCUCCAUGGUGACCCCCCGCAGCAACUUUGGCAUUGAAGUAGUCGACGACCGAAUCAUUUCUAUCGGGGGCUUCAAUGGCUUCACCACCACAUAUAAUGUAGAGUACUACGAUGCUACAACUGAUGAGUGGUUUGAGGCCUGUGACAUGGAGAUCUUCCGCAGUGCUCUCAGCUGCUGUGUGGUGUCAGGACUCCCCAACAUGGCCGAGUAUGUUAUUAAUCGUGAUGACCUGCCGUUCCUCAAUUUGGAGGACGACACGGUGGAUUCAGGAGACUCCAUCUAA